AUGCGGUCGUAUCUGAUAAUCGCAAUACACGGUAUCUUCGAGCUGAAGUGCGAAGAAGGUCUACUUAGCAAGGCGUCCCCGACGCGUGAGUCAGGUGAUUGCCUGCCCGUAUCACUGCCCACCUGCCCGGUCGACGCAAUCAGCAGCAAUUUGCAAUUUCCGAACGCGCCGUGGCGCGCUUACGUAAAUGCGUCGCCGAUCAAUUUCCGAACGAGCUGUACGAAAGCACCAUUCGACGGGGCCAUAGGCAAACAACGCAUUGAUUGCGAGUUGAAUAAU